AUAAAUAUAGCAACUGAGCAGUAUCCUUAACGCCCUUUACUUUCUCACGUUUUUAUCAAACUGCACUUUCCAAAUCAGCAAAACUGCGUCGUUGUCAAGCAUGAGCAAAGUAGGCGGCUCUGGCAAAGGGUUAUCAUAUUCCAACAGACAGCGGCCGGAGAUUUUGCCCCCUAUCCCCAGACACCGGUUCCAGAAAAGUGGGAACAAGGAGGUGUACGAGACUAAGAUCACGGAGGACGCGUAUGUGAUGAGAGUAGACAUGCCUGGGUGUUCCGCGUUAAGCUUCAUCUACAGGGUCGAGGAGGGUAAGAAUGUCCACUUCUCCGCCCACGAACCUGACAUGCCAGAGUACGGCCAUGACGGACGCAAAUACGAAGGCACUGUGGUUUGCAAUCCAUUGGCUUUCGAGGUGAAGGAAGCUAAAGCUGAAUUUGUUGAUGGAGUAAUGUGGCUCACCAUUCCCAAGAUUCCGAGGACAGAGGAGCCGAGAAUUAUGUCCUUGGGAACUGAGAAGAUGCUGAAGGUCAAGUUAACAAGCGACAUGUUUCGAUGAGAGCCCGUGCGUCCUGUCUGGACUCGUGAUGGUGUCUAGGGUUUAUGGUCGGUGUUCUCUUUAUCUGUAACUUUUAUAUUCUAUUUUAUGGUUUUGAAUAAAAGGGUAUAUAUGACUUGGACUUUGCUGUUUGUGUUUAUUUAUAUGUUUUAAGUGAAUUUAAUUAUUUUCUGCGUAUA